UCCCUCCGAAGUCUCCUCCUGCCUGGUGCGGGAGAGAGAGAAAGCGGCCCUCGUCUCUCCCAGGCGCCUUAUCAAGGGGCCCUUCCGGGAUCUGGAAUUGGUAGCGCCUCUAUUUAGGACAGACAGGCAUCCUUAAAGCACUGGUGGAUGAAGAAGACUCGGCUGACCCUGAAGCACAAAGAGGCCCCAAUGUCAUCAAGACUGGCAACAGCGAAGAAAUCUGGGAAAGAACCAUGCAGACAGUCCUGGGCGAGAAGGACAAGCUCAGCUCAGAUGUGCAGCGCCUGCAGUUCAAGCAUUUCCGCUACGAGGAGGCCAAGGGGCCCCGAGAGGCUUGCAGCCGACUCCACCACCUCUGCCGUCAGUGGCUGAAGCCAGAGCAAAACACAAAGAAUCAGAUUCUGGACCUGGUGAUCCUUCAGCCAUUUCUGGCUGUCCUUCCACCGGAGCUGGAGAGCUGGAUGAGGGAAUGUGGAGUGGAGACCAGUUCCCAGGCGGUGGCCCUGGCCGAAGGUUUCAUCCUGAGUCAGGCAGAGGACAAGAAGCAGGCAGAGCAGCAGAGAAAGGACCUGUUUGCAGAAAUGGACACUGAUUUCCCUGAGGCAGAGGGGACACCAUCACACACUAGACGGAGGCCACUGGCUGAUGGAAUGAUGCCGGCAAGACCUCUUCUGCCAUGUCAUCUUCGCAAUGGAGAGGAAGCGGACGCUGUGGAAUCGGAUCGGGCCACUCAAGGAAAGUUUAAAUCCUGAGAAUAAUGACCAGCCACCUCAGCUUAACAAGGCUUUUGGAUGUAGCUAGUAUUUUUUUUAUUAGUAGUAGCCAUAUUGUUUAUUCAUGUAUGUGCUAUUUGAUGCUCAUAUAGUUUUCCAAGCAAUAUAAAACUCACAAAUUUUAAAAUAUAAACACCCAUAAUUACAAUGGGCAAUAAAACAAUCCCAUUAAAACAAUGAAUAGAAAACAACACAGCAAUGACUAGUAGAUAAUAUUUAUGCUGUCUAUGAGGAGGAAUCAUU